AUGGCGGCCGAAACACCACCGCCCUUUGAGCAGCAGCAAGCCUUGUCUAGAGAGAGAGAGGGCCAGAUCCUCAGGAAUGACGGCAAAGAGACCGUUGCUCCCGCGGGACCCUCCGGCACCAAGAAGCACGGGACCGGCCUGCUGGCGAGACGGCCCUCCAGCACCGGUCAGAUCGAGCCCACCGACCUCGAAAAGCAAAAGAUUGCGCAAGGAAACGCAAACUUCCAUCGUCUCGGCUGGAAGCGCCUCGUCAUUGUCCUCAUAGUCGAGGCCAUUGCCCUCGGCAGCCUCAGUCUCCCUGGCGCCUUCGCCAAGCUGGGCAUGGUCGCCGGUGUGAUCUGCUGUGUUGGCAUUGGAAUCAUCGCCAUGUACACCAGCUACGUCGUCGGCCAGGUCAAGCUCAAGUUCCCGCACGUCUCCCACUACGCCGACGCCGGCCGCCUCAUGAUGGGCCGCUUUGGGUACGAGCUGGUCGGUGCCAUGUUCGUGCUACAGCUGACAUGCACGCUGGGCUCGCAUGCUCUGACCGGCACCAUUGCCUUCAACAACCUCACCGACCACGGCACCUGCUCCAUCGUCUUCAGUGUCGUCUCGGCCGUCAUCUUGUUUCUGCUCGCCAUCCCGCCCACGUUUGCCGACCUGGCCAUUCUGGGCUACAUCGACUUCGCGUCCAUCCUCAUCGCCAUCAUCUUCACAAUGAUCGCCACCGGCGUCCAGGCCCGCGACAGCGUGGGCGGGCUGAGCGCAGUAGACUGGUCCGCCUGGCCGCAGCCGAACCUGUCGCUGUACGAGGCCUUCAUCCCCAUCCUCGACAUUGUCUUUGCGUACAGCUUCGCCAUGUGCCAGUUCAGCUUCAUGGACGAGAUGCACACCCCCGCCGACUUCCCCAAGAGCAUCGUCGCCCUCGGCACCAUCGAGAUCGUCAUCUACACGUGCACCGGCGCCAUCGUCUACUGCUUCGUCGGCAACGGCGUCGCCUCGCCCGCGCUGCUGUCCGCCGGCGACGUCCCCUCCAAGAUCGCCUUCGGCCUCGCCCUGCCCGUCAUCUUCAUCUCCGGCAGCAUCAACACCACCGUCGUGGCGCGCUACAUCCACGGCCGCGUCUUCCGCGACUCGGUCAUCCGCUACAUCAACACGCCCGUGGGCUGGAUCACCUGGCUGGCGCUCGUCGUCGUCGUCACCGUCGUCGCGUGGGUCAUCGCCGAGGCCAUCCCCUUCUUCUCGGACCUGCUCGGCCUCAUCUCGUCGCUGUUCGUGUCCGGCUUCACGUUCUACCUUCCUGCCGCGAUGUGGUUCAUGCUCAUCAAGGAGGGCCGCUGGUGGGAGAGGAAGAACCUGCUUCUGAGCGUCUCGAACGGCCUGUGCUUUGUGAUUGGCAUGGUGGUGCUGGGCGUUGGCACUUAUGCUAGCGUUGCUGAUAUUAUCGAGCAGUACAAGGACGGCACAGUCCACGGGUCGUUUACGUGUUCUCAGUACUAA